AUGGCCCCGGUGCAUGUGGUCCUCGUGAGUCCUCCGCUUCUGCUGUCUCUGCUGCUCCACCAGCCAGCAGAGCAGAGCACAGCGGCCAUGGACAUCGCGGACGCCUUCGACGCCAUCUCCGGCUACGAGGAGACGCUCGUGGCGCAGGGCGAGGCCAUGGGCAUGGAGCGCGGGCGCGAGCUGGGCAUCGAGGAAGGCCGCGAGCUCGGCGUCAUGAAGGGCGCCGAGAUCGGCAGCGAGCUGGGCUUCUACCAGGGCUGCUACGCCGUGUGGAACCACAUGCUGCAAAGUGAAGAGCACAAGAGCAAACUCCCAGCUCGAGCCGCCAAGUCGGUGGCUUCGUUCGGUGCGCUCCUGGAGGCGUUCGAGCUGAAGAAUUUGGUGGAUGAGGACAUGGUGCAGGAGCUGCUGCGCAUUCGGGCCAAGUUCAAAGUCAUCACGGCGAUCGCAGGACUGCGAGAAAAAUUGGUGUACAGUGAGGAGGACAUUAAGGCACACAAGGACAUGUCGUUCUGA